UGCUCGAUCCAACAUGUCAGCGCCUGUUGGGACGAUGGCCGAAGACUCAAGCAGUGAAGAUGAAGAUCUAGAACAUUUUAAGGAAGCAGCUUGGAGUUUUGGCACAUAUGGAACUAAUGGUACACACAAUGCCAACCCGGCAGUAACUGCUGUUGUUUUAGAUGGGGUAAGCAAUGUCAAGCAAUCCCGUCGUGUGGCUGUAUCUAAACAUGAACAUGAUGGGAACGAGUUGCAGACGACCCCAGAGUUCCGUGCGCACGUUGCAAAGAAAUUAGGGGCUAUGCUUGACAGUUGUAUUUCAGUGAUAUCUGCAGAAACAUCAAGACCCUGCACAGAGUCAACCAAAUGUGAAGAUGGUUUCCGGCUGUUCACCACAUCUGUCCCAGGAGAGUUUACCAUUGAUCCCCCUCCUCCUCCUGUAAGGCGCAGGCCCAUCCCCAGCUCAAGUGACAGUGACAGUGAAAUGGAGAUGAGACUGAGAGAGGCAGCAGUGUCAGUCACAGACCUCCUAUCAUCAGCUCUCCCCUGCGGGAUUACACAUUCCCUGCCGGAGUCCCCCAGCUCAGAGAAAAUGAAGAAGAAGAAGAACAACAACAAAGGAGAGGAGGCAGAAAGAGAGGACCAUAAUAACAGCCCUGUCCCAAAGAAAAAUAUGAAAAGGAAAGCUCUCCAGGGGGAGUGUGGAGAUGUAGAGCACUGUGGAGAAUCCUCACCUAAUGCUAAAACCGAUGAGGAGCAGAAGAGGCCAGAAGAGGACAUUCUACCCCUGAAGAAGAAGAAGAAGAAGAAGAAGAAAUGAAGUAUAAAAGCACUGAGAGACUUGUGUGCUGUGAUUUGGCAUGUUGGCUGUUUGUUCCGUACUUGUGAGACCUGUUGUACUUGGGAAUCUUAUCACUGAUUAUAACAUGGUCAGGUCAUACACUCAUAUCACAGCAAUUUUGUACUCUGUAGAUUGCAUUCCAGAAAAUAACAAUGUGAUCUUUCAGAAAUGUGAAAUAAGUCUUUCAUAAGGUAUUUGAUGACCGUUUUCUCUACCCAAAACACAAUUUGUUCUAUGCCUUGUUUUGUAAAGGAAGUAGUUUACACUGAAUUCAACUUACAUGUAAAUUUAUGAGCAGAAUGCUAUACAAUAAUUUGUUAUUAACACUUCUCUGUUGAUAACGUACACACUCUGGCCCGUUUAUUUGGUACAAUACCCUGUUCACAAAAAUGGAUCGCUUGUACAGACAGUGAGUCACUUGGCUGUGGCUUGGUAUAUAAGACGGGCAUCGAGGCAUUCAGUUACUGUUCAAUUGAAUGUUAGAAUGGGCAAAACUAGUGACCUAAGCGACUUUGAGCGUUGUAUGAUCAUCUGUGCCAGGUGCACCGGAUCCAGUAUCUCAGAAACAGCCACCCUCCUGGGCUUUUGACGGACAACAGUGUCUAGGGUUUACAGAGACUGGUGCAACAAACAAAAACAUCCAGUCAGUGGCAGUCCUGUGGGAAA